GGGCGCAUCCCUCAGAUUGUCAUCGCCUUUUGGCGUGUCAAUCUUGGGGAUAGGGAUAAGUUCGAGGCUGGUAAAAGCACCCGCGAGGAUUGAUGGGCAGCUCCGCGCUUGAGACGCGGGGCGACCAGAGGGCGAGGACGAUCGCCGACAACGACGAGUGGGCAGCCCUGCUGCUCGAUGCGCUGUUCGUCCCGGCGGACGAGCUCCGCGCCAUCCUGGGGGACGCCGGGGACACGGACCAUCAGACCAUGCACCUCCGUAAGGACGUCUUGAUGUCCGUUUUGCCACAGCAGCCGGCGGUGGCGUGCCAUCCUGGAGGAAACGGCAGCCGGGCCUUUCAGCCCAGGUCCCGCCAUGUUGCGAGCCCAGAGCGCGCGCGGCCGCGCACGAGCACUUAGUCGAUACCUUCGGAGCUGGAGCUCGAUGUAGCAAUUGAGGCUGGUGUCUGGAGCUUUCAGAACGGCAAACAGGGACGCUGUUCAUGAACUGAGGGUCGUCUGAGGUGCCCGUAGGGUUCUCUGCGAGUUAGACACUUUGGACAUUGGCAGUAUGUUGAAAUCAUUUCACGCCUUAGGCAACUUUGGAUUCCCACGUCCACACCCCUGCACCCUUGCUCUCGUUUUUGGGGAGCAAAGCUGGUCCUGCUCAACCGCUCGCGGUGCCCGCAUAUUUAGGCUGCGUCCUGCAUGAGCCAGGACUUGUAGCAUCUUCAACUAAGCGUGCGCGCGCGAAGGUUCCAGGUGCCAGCCGCUUUAAGUUGAUGCAGUGUGACAAGCCUCCGUGGGGCCUGCGCGCUCACCUCCAGUAGUUUCCGAGUUCUGCUUUCUCUCGUGCGCGUGGGCCUUAGUACCUUCCGAGCGCUUGCUCUGGAGAAAGGGUAGGUUCACCUUCUGUAGAGAUGAAGGGCCAACAGGGUGC